AUGAAUGUUGAUGUCAAGGACAGUACUCAGGUGGAGAAUGUCAGUAGGGAUCUAACUUUGAAUAUAGAAAAUAUCAGUGAAGCUGCAGAAAAUCGACACUAUAACACCGAUAUUGAAUUUAAAGAACCUUUCGAAGUAUCAGAGUCAAGUUAUCAUCCAAAUAGUUCGUCGGAUUCUGAAGAUGAAGCUAUUAAAUCUGUCAAUAUUGAACGCAGAAAUAAAGCUAAAGCAUUCCUUGAAAAACUGCCAAAGAUGCCCUCCCAUUAUUGCCGUUCAUCAACGAGUAAACUGUAUUUGGAAACAACUUUUCAAUCAUAUAAGGAAGUGCAUGACGUAUACAAAAGUUAUGAACCACAAUCUGCUGUCGGAUAUGAUGUUUUCUCAAAAGAAAUGACAAAUACAAACAUUGAUGUGUAUCAUCCAAGGAAGGACCAGUGUGAUUUAUGUUUUUCGCAUAAACUGGGCAAUGUAAAGCAAGAAGAUUAUGAAUCGCAUAUUAGCCAAAAAAAUCGGGCUAGAAAGGAAAAAAUAAAGGAUAAAGAAGAUGCGUUGGAAGGAAAAGUGUGCGUAUUUACGAUGGAUGUACAAGCGGUCCAACUUGUCCCUGUGGUCCCAGCAGUUUGUUAUGUAUGGCAUGAGGGAGAGGGCAAAACGGAUGCCAACUCCUUUACAUCUUGUGUAAUUGAUUUUUUAAAUGAAGAGUUAGAUGCCCAAGAAAAGGACAAACCAAAAAUUUUUUAUUGCGAUGGAUGUUCUGCACAAAAUCGCAACGUAACAUUGGCUAAUGCACUUCAGCAUUUCUGCAACGAAAAUGAUACGGUAAUUACACAGAAAUAUACACAGAAAACAUACACAGUAAAUCCAUACAAAGUUAAAUACAUUGAUCACCAAUUGUUUAAUGACUAUUCCGAAAUUAAGUAUUAUUCAUUCAUUCGUCCAGGAAAAAAAGUAGGAGAUGCAUGCGUGAAUAAUCUGAGGGCUCUCAGGUAUUCCAGAGAUUUGCCUGUUCAAUUCAAACUAAACUUUGACGAGGAGUGGCAGUUUUUACCAGUUCGCAAAAAUACCAAUAAUGCAGGAAUCGCAAGAAAAGUGUAUAAUGACCAUUUGCCCAUUACAGAAGACAAAUUUAAUCACCUGCAGUCUCUUAAGACUGUUAUUCACCCAGAUUAUCAUGCAGCUGUUGAAAUGGUACAUAUAAUGUGUGGGGAAAGAGAGGGUGCAAAAUUCAAUACAAUACCUCUGUCAAAUAAUACUAUCCAAAGAAGAAUUAGUGAUAUGGCAGAAGAUAUUCAAGCGCAAGUUGUGGAAAAUCUUAAUAAAUGCACGUACUUCUCUCUUCAAAUGGACGAAUCCACAGAUAUAUCUAACUGUGCCCAAUUCAUUACGUUUACCAAUACCACUGGAAAAUGUUUACUCGACACUUUUGUGAAAUGUACAAGUAAAUAUAAUAUUGACUGGGUUAAAUGUAUUGCUAUAUGCACAGAUGGCGCUAAAGCAAUGACAGGACAUAAAUCUGGCCUUGUCGUCAAAUUACAAGAAAUAAUGCCUAAUACCAAAUGGAGACAUUGUUUUUUACAUCGAGAAGCUCUUGCGUCCAAAGCUUUACCUCCUGAAAUGGACUGUGUUAUGAAAAUCCAUCAUUAA